GAACAAUUAUAUAUCUUCAUCGAUCAUCAUUCAAAAAACCUCUACUUCAACGAUAAUGGAUCCUACCAGCUUAUUGGGAAAUAGCACCAGCAGCAAGGAGAAGCAACACAAACGCGUCACAGGAACCUUAUUCUCAGGACUCAGCAGCCUCAUCAAUCUUCUGCCGACCGGCACCGUCUUCCUCUUCCAAUUCCUCAACCCCAUCGUCACCAAUUCCGGCCACUGCACACCCUUUCACAAGUACCUGUCCGCCGCAUUCCUCAUCUUCUGUUCCUUUAACUGCUGCUUCGCCACCUUCACCGACAGCUACACCGGCUCGGACGGCAGAAAGCACUACGGCGUCGUCACCACGAAAGGGCUUUGGCCUGCGCCUUCGUCUGAGUUGGUGGACUUGUCGACGUACAGGCUGCGAGUGAGGGACUUGGCACACGCCUUGUUGUCAUUGGGCGUGUUUGGAGUGUUAGGGUUUUUGGACAAGAACACGGUGAGUUGUUUGUAUCCGGUGAUGGAUGCGUAUGAUGAUAUUCUGUUGAAGGUGUUGCCGCCGAUCAUGGGGGUGAUCUCUGGAACGGCCUUUUCGAUCUUCCCGUGGAAGCGUAAUGGAAUUGGGUACUGACACCUCCAAGAAGAUAUAACCAGUCAGUUGAGAGAAGAUACGUGAAAUGAAAAAAGCACAGAGCAGUCAACGUAACAUCAAUGGCUUUUUUCGGUUAUAUUUGCUGUGCAUGUAAUAUAUAAAAAUAUAUGAUCUGAUGUUUCUGAGAAGUGUGUGUUUUAUAUGUGCCAAAUGUAAAAAGUUGAAGACUGGCUUAUCUUGGCUGUUUAUGAUUCAAUUUAUUAGGUUCUCAUUAAAAGGAAUAUAUAUAUUUUUAUGAUCUAUAUAUCCCACUGAGAGCCUAUUUGGAUAGAGACAACAAGCUAAGGCUGCACAGAAGGAAGAAGAGAAACAGAAAUAAUAGAAAGGAAAUUAUAUAGAGUCCAGAAAGAGGCUUGCAUCCACGAAAUUCUUCAC